AUGAGUGGCGCCUGCAUGCCUAGUUGGUUGGAGGGUGGACUGGACAUCCCCAACGAAGGGGUGUGGUUCCAAAGCCGUAGCAGUGCUGGCAGAGCCGAGGGGCCCAGCAGGAAACGAACAACCAUCGAAAGCCUACCGGACGAGGUGUUGAUAAAGGUCUUGGCAGCCGUCAAUUCCACCGCGUCCUCUCCGCUCGACGUCGUCCUUCCAUCCAUGAUCAAUCGGCGGUGGCGGCGGGCCAGCAGAGACCGCGAGGCGCUGAAGCGCGCGUGCAGAGGGGGAGUGGCGGUGCGCGCGCGGCAGUGGUGCGAGGGCGCGUACAUGUUCCUGCGACGGCUCUGCGAAAACGGCUGCCUCGAAGCCGCCUUCAUGCUCGCCAUGAUUCUAUUCUACUGCAUACCCGGAGCGCAAUUCGAGGGCGGCCGGCUGCUCAUGCACUCGGCGCGCGAGGGUCACGCAGCGUCGCUCUACACGGCCAGCGUUCUCAGCUUCAACGGCAGCGCGCUCGGCGCGCAACACAAGGACGCGCGGAUGGGGGUCGCGUUGUGCGCGCGAGCCGCGGCGCUGGGGCACACGGAGGCGAUGCGCGAGCUGGGGCAUUGUCUAAUCGACGGGUACGGCGUGCAACGCGAUGCGCAAGAAGGCUGGCGGAUGCUGCUUGAGGCGCAAGCGGCGGAACUCGCGCCGCAGGCGUAUCUGCGCUCGCUGCUCUCUGCCAUGUCCCCCUCCCCCACGACCGAUUGCGCAACCCCCAGCGCUUGCGACAACUCGUUCGCUUCCGCCGCUGCUUACCGCGCGUGUAACUCGAGCCCGUACGGCAACACGAUGCCGCUCACGCCCGCGGAGCAGGAAGCCGCGGUGCAACUGCUGCUCGCGCGCGACUGGCGGACCGCCCCCUCCACCCCCAUCCGCGCGGACUCUUCUUCCGCCUGCUCCUCCUCCGCGUCUGGCGCCGUGGCUUGCUGCGACGACGACAUGGCCGGCGACGAGGCGGCGGAGUCUAGCGACGGCGCGUUUCUCUCGGCCGCGGGGCUGUCGCCGCGCUCCCCGUCGAGCGUGCUCGCGAUGCACUCGCACUCCCCGCGGUCCCCCGCGAAUAAGCCCACGUGGCAAUCGCAGAAGCCCCUCGCUGCAUCCGCCACCACCACAACCACCACCACGCCCCCCACCACCCCCAUCCGCGCCCCCACCCCCACCACCAGCCUGGGCAACAAGCAAGCCGUGGUGGAGAAGCUUCUAGCGGGGCUCGCGUCGGGUUCGUUCCGCCUGACUGACGCGCACGUGGCUGCGCUCGAGCCCGCGCUCGCCGCCCUCCAGACAUCCCUCCGCCCCGCACCCGUCCACCCCGCGCACGCGUUCGUGCGCGAGUGGCGCGCGCUCAAAGGCCUUUCCGCGGACUCGGCGGAAGAGAGCCUCUCGUCCGCUUCAGCAGCAGAUGCGGCGGAACAAGCGCAAGGAGGCGAUGCGCGCGCGGGGGUGUGCAGCCGCGCGUCGUGCGGUCGCCCGGAGACGCGCGCGUUUGAGUUUUGGCGGUGCUCUACGUGCUGGCGCGUGCGGUACUGCAGCCGGUCGUGCCAGGUGCACGACUGGAGGGAGUCGCAUGCGCGCACUUGCGCUGCCGGCGCCGGCGCUGGCGCGCCCACUCAUGCUCAUGCGCACGGCCCCGCGCGUGGAGAUGUGUCCGCACACAGGUCGUUGCAUGGCACUGGCGUGCUUUGA